AAAACUAUAAAAAUUGAAGAAAUCACCAGCGUCAUUGGUGAGCCUAUUGACAACCAACGAGCGUUUAGAUAUUCACUCGCCGUUUCGAUAUGUUGGAUUAUUACUUCAGUGCUGCUCAGUUACAACAAAAUCGCAUGGUUUAAAAUGAAUAUUCCGUUGAUUCGCAAAGUUGCUAUAAUAUUUGUAACCCAAUAUCCGUUCUACAUAAAUUUAUUGGCUGAUUUAAUUUUCUGCUUGUCAAUAAAUCAUAUAAAAAUCCGUUUUGAAAGUCUCAAUAAUGUGUUAAAAACUUUUGUGUCGGAUGACAAUUUUGAAAAUCGAAUAACUUCAGAUAAUUUAUUUUUUACUCGUUCCAAGAAGAUAAGCGAAGACAAGUGGGCUAUUCGUAAAUCUGAAAACGUAGAUGUCAUUAAAAUUAUUCAAACUAUCAAGUAUCUUCAUUUGGAGUUAGGAAUAUUGAGUGGUGAAUUUAUGAAAACAUAUGGAUUGCAACUGAUAUUAGGGUUUAUUGCAAGUUUCGGACACAUUACACAUGUGCUUCUAUUUAUAUAUUUUGUUGUUCAAACCAAGUCACAGUCAACUAAUGAUAGAAUAAUACAAACAGCUGGGAGUAUUGUUACGGUCGCUAUCAAUAGCUUCAAAAUGAUAUUUGUCAAUAGAAUUUGUUCUGAAACUAUUCUUGAGUACCAAAAAACUGGUGAAUUAAUUCAUAAACUAGAGAUCCAAACUGAAGAUAUUAAAUUAAAAAAGGAAAUUCAACAGUUUUCAAUCCAGAUUUUACAAAAUCCUUUAAUAUUUUCACCCUGCGGAUUAUUAAAUCUUGGAUAUCCGUUUAUAAAAGACUUUGCAGGAACCGUGACCGCCCAACUUCUUAUUCUAAUUCAAACUUCGGAUGAAAGUGCUGUGUUGUACAGCUCUUUCAAUGAAACUGCUGUAAAUGACGCGUGAAUAAGAUAAUUAUCUGAAAUGAAAGCAAAAUAUUAAUUACAGUAAUUAAUUCAUGUAAGCUCUACAUUACUUUGUUAAUGAAUAAGUUAAUGGAAGUUCUAUAUUUAUACACGUAUAGAGUAAAAAAAGGUAAAACUAGAGUGUAAUUAAAUACAACGCUCGUGUAAUUGUCACAUAAGUUAUACGCGUCAGAGUCACAAGUGUGUAAUAGUAUAUUUUCAUCAGUUAUGUUGGAAUGAUUUAUAAGCUUAAAAGUUUAACCGUGUCGUUGCUCUCUACUUUUACACAGGCCGGACUUUUGGUCUCCAAAUUAUCUAGCAGUUCAUGAAUAAUUUUGAAUUUAUGAUUUUGCUA